AUGAACUCCAUGCUAACCAGGAGCAAGCAGAGAACUAUCUGCUCCCAGCUGGGAAGAGUCAAACUGCAGCUGCUGUACAAGGCCAGCAUCCACGGUUUCACCGGCCCAGCCUUCCACCAACAAUGUGACAACCGCUGUCCCACAGUGUCUGUGGGCUAUAACGCCUCAGGUUACGUGUUUGGAGGCUACACCAAACAACCUUUCAGUCAGUCUGCGGCCUAUGUGAAUGAUGACCAGGCCUUUCUCUUCACCUUCAGUGGAGAAAAGCUCCUCAAAUAUCCGGUCACUGUCUCUGGUAAUGCAGUGAAAAUGAUAGCUAACUGUGGUCCAUGUUUUGGAGAAGCAUUGGUUCUUGUCCAUGGAAGCAAAGCAGUUGUAUAUAGCGCUCCAGGGAAUUUUUACAACUUCACUGCUGCUGAUAUGCAUGGGAACGACCUCACCCUGACUGAGUGUGAAGUCUAUCAAGUGGAGGAAACCAUAGCACUUGAGAGGCCAUGGAGGACUAUACACUGGGAAUCUGUGAAUAGGAACGAGCUAAAGGAGAGUAUUAAUAUCUACCAACCCACAGACAGCUCUGUGUCCCAGGCUCGGGUCCUGCUCAUUGGACCAGUUGGAGCUGGAAAGUCCAGCUUCUUCAAUUCUAUCAACUCUGUGUUCAGAGGCCACGUCACCAGCCAGGCCAUGGCUGGCUGCUUCACCUCCAGCCUCACCAUACAGUUUCGAACCUACUCAGUGAAAGAUGGACGCAAAGGAAAACCUCUGCCAAUCAUCUUCUGUGAUACCAUGGGAUUGGAGGAAAGCACAGGGGAGGGAAUUGAUAUUGAGGACAUCAGCAGCAUCCUCAAAGGUCAUCUGCCCGACCGUUAUCAGUUCAACACCUCUGCUCCUCUGGAUUCGGAUUCUAGUGGCUAUCUGAAGUCUCCUGAGCUUAAGGACAGGAUCCACUGUGUGACCUACGUCAUUGACGCAUGCAAGGUCUCCAUCAUGCCCCCAAAGCUGGAGGAAAAGCUGAAUGCUAUUCGUAGAAAGGUCAACUUAAUGGGGAUUCCUCAGCUGAUCCUGCUCACGAAAGUUGAUGAAGCCUGCCCUUUGGUGAAAGAGGACGUGAAAAACAUCUACAAGAGUGGCUACAUCAAAGAAAUGAUGCAGGAGGUCAGCGCUCGUCUCGGUGUGCCGCUGUCCUGUGUUGUUCCCGUGAAGAACUACAGCGAGGAGUUGGAGUUGGACCCGGACUGCACUACCCUGCUGCUGAGCGCCAUCAUCCAGAUGCUUCGCUUCACAGACAACUACUUUGAUGACAUUAGUGACAAAUUCAGCAACAUGGAAGUGUGACGACCCCGAAAGAGUAGCAAGUAUUUGUGCAGACUUAUAUUUACGGUACACUUUUUGCUCAUUCAGUUGGACAUGUAAUCAUAAGUUUGACUAACUAACAUAUUAUCAGAUAUUACUAUAUAUAGCUAUGAUCAUUUAUUCUUUACUGCUUUAUUGUUUCGUUUUUUCAAUUUUCCACACAAUGAGUGUUACAUUAGACGUUGUUUCAGCAAUCCUUGUAAGUUUUGACUGCUAAGUACACACAUGGUGCAAGGUGAUGCAGUGCAAAAUAAACAGUUAACAUGUUCAGUCAUGGAUUUUUUUCUACAGAAAUAAUGUUAUAUUGGCUGAUCCAUGCUCUUUGUAAGGGUAACAAUUGCAAUGCGACCUAUAACUGCAACACACAUUUCAAUUGGACCUGUUUUUUGUUAUUUCGAAAACAAAAGUUUUGUCGCUAAAAUGUGUCUAAGAAUUCCAAUAACCCCCUUCAAAAUACAAUUAUUAUAUGUGUGGUAAUACAAAAUGUACAUUAAAAUGAAUAAACAAAUUAAAAGUAGUAGUACGCA